AUGCGGCCACUCAAAGAAGAAGAAUUCGCCAAAAUAGAAAAGAAGCUUAGACAGUACAUCGGCAACAACAUCAGCUCUUUUCUCAACCCGCUGAAUGAGCUGGUCUACCACCACCAGAAAAUAUACUACGUGCGAAAAGACCUCCUAAAAAAGGCCAGCAUCCUUCCCAAAGAUAACUUAGUGUGCAUUGGGACGUGCAUUGGGCGCUUUACAAAGGGAGAGAACUUCCGCCUCAAAAUAACGGGUCUGCACGUGCUGAUGAUGUACUCAACGUGCAAGAUAAAAGUUAAGCAGACUUCUGAAAUGAACAUUCUCUACGGAAACCACGUGCAGAGAGCGCAUCUGUGCGGAGUGGCUCCCGACCUAAAAAAGAAUGCAGGCGUUGUGUUGACCACAUCCUCCAGCAUUCCCCUGGGCUUUGGAGUUAUGACGAAGUCGGGAAGUGAAGUUGUUGCUGGAGACAGAACAGCUAUUGUAGUGGUGAGACAUGGCGAUACAGGCGAGUAUCUGAGAGACGAAAGUGCUCUUAUGUGA